ACGUGAAGACCCAUUUUUUGAGUGUGUUAUCGUAUAAUCGCGUAGCCUGUUUAUGGUAAGAUUAUUUAUAAGUUGAUAUAAAGAAAUGUUGAUUACAAAUUUUAAUUAUGAAUAUUCACUCUUCUUGGAAUUGAAGCUAAGCUGGAUUCAAAGGUUACGUGAUGGAAAGAUACUUAAAGGAAGGGUCUGUUCGCUUAAAGGGACCGUAAAACAUAAUGUAAGUUAAUCAUGCGGAUUCACAAUGACGUCGAUAAUGGCAACAUACCAAUUGUAGAUGGAAAAAAAAUAUCACUUCGAGAUCCGGAAGGAAGUGUAAAAAGUGAUAGUUUAUUUCAAAGCAGUAACAUAAAUAACUUUCAUCUUUGGCAUAAUACCAACGAUCAUAUAGACAAUAGAACGAAUUUUAAGUCUAUUAAUUCAAGAACAAAUGAGUCGUCAGUUUGUAACCACCUCUAUAAAUUGAGCAGGUUACUAGAGCCAGAAGACACAAUUGAUGAAAAUAUUACAAACAGUUCGAAAGAUAUUAUUACAACAGUAAAUACCAAUGAUUCAAAAACUAUUACUUCGGUUAACGAAGAUCAACCCUUUUAUGAUAUAUCAGAUACAGAAGAAAUGUCGGAGGAUAGUAUUCAUCGAGUACCAAGAGGAAUUGUAAAUCCAAAUUAUCCUGGCUUUCAACAUUUAGCUCAUACACUUCAGGAGUACAGUUCAAAUAUAGAAAACUUUUAUCACUCUGAAAAUGAAAUGACUGAUGACGAUAAUGAUACAGAUAUAACUGAUUUUGAAAUUAAGGAUGCCAAUGAAAAUUACAAAGAGCUUAACAAUAAUAAAUCAGAGUUCACUAACGGUCAGUUAAUAGAAUUAUCCAAUAGCACUUUCGAAUCGACCAAGCAAAGUGACAUACCUGAUCUUCUUAAAACCAUCUCAUCCAAUAACAAUAACGUAGACGCCAUAAAUUGCGAUAUUACUUUAAUAGGAAAUGAUAUAGAGAAUAAUUUUAAUACAAAAGAUAUAAUUGGCGAUUUUAAUAAAGAAAUCGAAGAUGAAAUUAAACAAUUAUUAAACUACAAUAUAAAUAUUCAGGAUGACUUGGAAGACCUUCGAAAAGAUAUAAAAGACAAUUUCGAAAAACCAAUCGAAGCUACAAUCAAUAAUAUAAGCGAGGUGGUAAAUCAUGUUAUAAAAAAACUAGUAAAAAACGAUGUUGGUACUGAAACGAAAGUAACUAGUAAUGAAACAAAAGGAGAAGUAAAUAUUGUCAACAUGAAUCAAACAAAUGAGGUUAAUGUGAGAAUGGAAAUUAACUUGAGCAGGCCUACAUUCUUACUACUGGAUAACUGUCACGAACAAAUACAAGAUGCGGCUUUGUCUGAUGGAAAAGAAGAAUUAAAUUUAAAUGAAGAUGAGUACGAUACGGAAAAAUUAAGCAAUAAUGUAGAGACUACAAUCAAGCAAUUAAGCACAGAGUUGAGAAAAAUAAUUCCAAAAUUAAAUGAAAUGCGAGAACGUGAUAAGUUAUGGGCAGAUAGGCCUAUAAUAACUGAUGGGAAUUCCAACAGGGUAUUAAUAAAGUCGAGCAAUACAUCAAGUUUAAAAAAAGAUACACGUAAUCAAACCCAUUAUGAAAGCAACAGACAAUUAAAUAAACACAACUACCAUCGUGUUCCCAAUAAAAACCCUGAAAAGGCUCAAAGUGGACCCAAAGAUCCUUCCAAAUAUGCUCAACAUAAUUCGUCCGUCCCUCGAGAUAAUAUAAAUGUAGCAGACAGUGAGUUGGAUACUUUCGAUGUUUAUAAUAUAGAAACUGCGCUGCCGAAGUUAGAUAUAGACACUAUAGAAAGUUACAUAAAGGCCGCGAAAGAGGCAGAAAGACGUAAACGAAAUGAUAGAGAGGAAAUCAGAAAAAGGUUAGCUAUGGGUAUAGAUUCAGAAGAAUACUAUAGUCUGGGUCACACAGACCGGCCAGGAAAGAAACCCAGCUUACAUUCACGAUUACAAAAUGGAAAAAAUUUACAAAUAUGUUUCAUGAAUGAGACAGCUUCUGAUAAUGAAUCUCAAUGUUCAGACUUGGACAGAAGUUUUAGUAGUAAUAGUAAAAGUUUAUCACGUUCAAGUGUAUUCAGCAAGAGUAGUUAUAACCACCCCUAUCAGACGAGACCACUUUCUGUCAACAUAACAAAACAAGAUAAAGUAAACACCGUUCAGAGUGGUUUCAAGUUGCACCCUGCGUCUCUAAUAUCUAAAUCAUCCAAAACCCGUUCAACCCAAUCUUUGAAUCACAUUGAAUUAAAGGAAUCUGAUUUCUAUGCCCUACAAGCAACACUGCAGACUGAAGCUAGAAUUGCCUUGGCACAAGCAAAGGAAUUGGCCCGCAUACAAAUGGAGCAUGAGCGAAGAAGUCGACCAGUUUCACCUGUCACUGAAAUGUUACGUCGCAGUAUGGAGAAGGCCAACGUGCCACUUGCACCUGAUCGUCGACGCGUUUCUAGGCAGAUACUUACUGAUAUGAACAUAGCUCAAUUACAGGUGAUUGUAAAUGAGUUGCACUCUCAAAUUGAGUGUCUUAACGACUCACUUGUCAAACUAUUGAUGGCCAGAGACGAACUACACAUGGGACAAGACUCUAUGCUUGUUGAUAUUGAGGAUCUCACCCGAUACUUAGGUGUUAAAGAACAAAGCAAGAAGUCCAAAGGCCCUACCAAGUCUGGAGUGAGGCGACUCACAGCACUGGUGCACAAAUAGACAUCGGUUUGGUAUUCAUGUUAUUGCUAUUAUAUCAGAACCUGCUGUUAUUAUUACACUGGGUAGAAAUCAUUUAUAGAUCACAAAGUAAAAGUGCGGUAAAUAAUACUAAAAUAAUUUUAAUUAAUAAUAAUAGUGAUCGGUUAUUUAUAUUUUUGUGUUAAUGGUGUAUUACUGCUAAGAACAUUUUCUUACAAAUUACCCUGAUCGAGGUUUAUUAAAACAACAAAAUAAAAAUGUAGUAAAAUUAGCACUAUAUACAUAUAGGUGGCACUAUAUAGUGAUGAUAUUCAUUUAUCCCUAAUGGGAAAGGCAAAGGACUUUAGUCCAUACAGCCAGGUCUUGUGCGUUGCUCUGUCAGAGAUCUAUAAUUGUGUUUCUAAAUUUGACAUAUAGAAUGACAAUAGUUUGUAGUAAUAGUAGUGAGCACUGUCAGACGUCAUACGUGAUUUAUAUGUUGACAUUUGACACUUUAGAACUUCUGCUCUACUGACCAAUCUAACAGUGAUGUUUAAAUGCAAUUUAAAUAUAGAAUACCUUUUCAAAUAGCUCUUUUAAUGUUCGUGUCCAUAAUGAUUUUUUUUUAUAUUUACCGUACUUUUUCGAAAUCCGAUAAAUUUCUAUUGAUACAAUUUCAAAUUCUUAUGUAGUCAUAGUACAAUGUUACAAUGCAUGGAAUUAGUGUAUACAAUUGAAAAAUGUUUAUACUUGUAUUUAGGCUAUGUGCUAUUUGCACAGAGAUACCCAGUGAUUUAAAUAUGAUAUGGGAUUAAUAUUAGUAGGUUAUUAUGGUGCAACUUUUUAUCAAUAAUCUUGGCAAAUGUUAUUGGCAUUAAGGAUACGAUAGGUCGAAAGGAGAAUGACCGUAUUUUAAAACGUAGCAUCAUAUUUAUAAAUUUACUUGUAUUAACAAAUGUUAAUCAUAGACAACCUCAAUCUAUAGUUCAUUGUCUAUUAAUUCUUGUUUAAUUACUAAUAAUCACAAAUAUUUUGUUUAUUUAAAACAUAUAACGACAAUUGUGUGUUUAGAUUUAUACAUGGGACCUAAAUAUUUAUUACCAAAACAAAAACUUUAAAAUUAAAAUCCUUUUUUUGAUCCCCAUUCGAUUUUGCGUCCCCAAAACGUUCGACGCUCUUUCCUUAUGCGACUCCAUAUUGAUGCCAAUUUUGGUCAUUCUCCUUCAUUUAUAUAAUAUUCCCGGGAUCUACGUAGUAGAUUUACAUUAUAGUAUGUAAUCGUUGAAAUUUCGUCUGGCAUUUAUAUGUUAUGAGUGAAGUCGUCAUACACGUUAUUAUUAAUAUUUCAAAAUCGUAUGGUAAAAUCAAAUUCAAAAAGUUUUUCUUGAUAACAGAUAGUUUCUAUUCUUAUUUUGAUUCGAUAUUUAAACCAAGGAAUGUUUUCAAUUUUGUAGAACAUAUGAAACACGACACUCAAUUUAUUGUAUGGAGGACUCAGUUUCCGCACUUAGACGCCCAUUCGGUCCGUUGUGCGCCUCCUCGUCUAACAUCUCCCAUAUCUAUGAUGUAUUUUGUGGUUUAAAUAAUUAUGAAAAAAAUAUCAAGUCAUUUCUCGGUAAUAGUAGACAAUUUAAUUUAUUACAUAAAGUGAAAGUAAUUACACUCCUCAAAUACCCAGUUCCUAUUUUACGUACUGCAUACAUAUUCGUUUGAAAGCAACAGGUAGAGUUCGAUAUUUAAAUUUUCAAUAUUCGUUUGAUGUUUUUUGUAACAAUCGAACUAUUGUAUUUAAAAAAAUGCCUGCUAUAAGUUACGUCACAUUGAUGAUUCAGUUUGAUUGAUAUUUCGCUAUAAAUGUUAUUUAAAUCGUUACAAUUAGAGACACUGCAUCAUGAAACGGUGUAUAAACAAAGAUAUUUCUGAAAUCAUACAUUUUCCAUUACCUUUAGAACAUUUUUUUACUUAUGACUUCUUCCAUGUAAAUUUAAUAACUAGAGGGAAAUUUCUUUUAAUACUAGAUAUAGCAAAUUUGUUUUUAUAGAAUUAGUUCAGAUAUAACCAAUGAAGGUUCUCGUUUUUCAUAUUAAAAAGAUUCGAUACUGAUUAUAGUCUUAUAUGAUGCUAUGAUAGAUGACUAUUUAGAAAUUUUGAAGAUUCAACACCUGGGUAAAUUUCAAAAUCUUUGCAAUGUUUUUAUGUUUUUAAUUUUUUUUUCAAUUUGUUUAUGAGAUCUUAGUAUUAAGGGUACCUACUUCUAGAUAAAAAAAAAGAAAAAUUCCUUUUUAAUAUUCUUGAGAGGUAUCUAAAGGUAAGUCAUUGAUCAGAUGUGACGUAAUUUAUGAAUGGCUAAUUAGAUUUAGUGACGUUUGUGAUUUGCAAAUUAGGAUAAUAUUUUUCAUUAAUAGUGCUCAUUAUAGAGUUAUUGCACGGCGGGCUGAUAUAAACAGGGUUCGGAUUAGUUGCUUAGUUUAAUUGCGAUAAGCAUCGCGCUAUAUUUUUUCAUUAAUUAGAUAAGGCGACGUUGGUUGGACCAAGCUUAAUUCGGUUUGUAUAUUCAACUAACGGAUUGGGACGCUUUAAGCUCCAUAAUGCGAAAAAGUAUGUAAUAUUUCAUUAAUACUAGUUUUAUUUUGAACAUUACUCACAGAAACGAAACGAAACGAUUAUUUGUUUAUAGUUGAGUUUAGAAUUUGCUAUUUUUUUAAACAUUAACUGAUUUCGUCUAUUCUCCAUAGAUGGCGCUAUUUUCAAUUAAAAUACUUACGCUCGUUAUCUACUAGAUGACGCUAAAAGCGUCUAAACACGGCUCUAAAAUCAGUGGCUAUGUCGGUAUUGACCAUGUACACUCAAUGAGAUUUUUCUUGCUUUUGUGUUAUUGAUUUGAACUGCAGCGUCACUAUGUCAUAAUAGUAUGUAUGGAACAAAUCAUUGUUUGUUCAAUGCCGAUGUCGCCACUGAUUUUAAGGCUGUGUGUAGACUUUAAGUCUCCGUAGACCCGUCUCUAUGAAUAUAUCAAUUAUUUAGGUACUGGAAUAUUAUUCGCAUUUGGACCAUUCGGGAAGAGUAGCCCUUCUGAAUUCGAGUGAUUAAUAAGGCAGCAAAUAUUUGUAUGUAAAAAAAGUUCAUACAAUUUCUUUACUAGCAUUGAAAACGGUUAGAACCGUUAGAGAGCGUUAACCUCGACUGUGCUUUAACUAUUUCCUUUAAUAUGUUUGUAACUCAAAUGUACAUAUGCAAAUAUUCGCACUAAUCACAAUGCAUGUCAAAAUGUUUCACUAUUAGGUCUUUAACGGACAAACUUUGAAACGUGUCUCCAGUUAAUAAAACUUUCUAAAACGAUAUUAUAAAAAGUAGAUUAAUUACGGUGUAUUUUUCUAUGUGAAUACUGUUACAUGCUAACAAACUCCAUAGUAUCUUUAGUCUACGUUUUAUAAGUGCAUUUCGGCCUUAUUCAAUUUUAGCUUUGAUAUAAUUUGUUUUCGUUGCACUUGUGAAUUAGACAAUUAAUAAUUAUGUUAGAAACUUAACACCAGUCUCGUUUUAUAUUAAAUUCAUGUAUUAAGAUGCGUUUUAAAGUACAGCCACACAUAAUAGAAACGUAGCUUUAUAUAGGGAAGAUAAAAAUCCUUUUUAUUAGUAGAAUUCAGAUAAGAUAUAAAAUAGUUAAUUGGUACUUUGGGAAGAUUUUAUUUCAUCAUUCCGUAAUAGCUAAUACAAUACAUAUCGUUAAAUAUAAAAACCAUUACAGUGCUACAUUUUUUAUCGCUAUGAGAUUAAAAUAAUAUUUUAAAACUGACGAUUCGUAGAUUUGAUCACUUAUGGUCAAACAUUUUAUGAAAUACACACUGUGUAACAAGGCUAAUAUUGGUCAUAUCAUAGAAUAUUUAAUUUCAGUACAUUUACGCAUUUUUUUUACAUCAAUAAUAAAUAUUGCUUCAUUUGUCGGUAUGAUAAUUCAAAAUGAAGUAUUCAAAUACGUUGUACGUUUCACUAAUGUAUGCUGUUUAUAAAAUUAUUUUAUUCAAAAACUUGGUAUGUCAGUUUUAAUUGAAAGUUUUGAUGAAGUUAUCAAAUCUACGAUCAAGCCAUGUUUGGACUUUAUUAUGUGUCUGCAAAUAACAAUCUUCAUAGCGGAUAUUAAAUUCAGCAACAUAAAAACUACUAUUCUAGGCAUUAUUAUUAUUUAAGGCGUUUAUUAUUUUUCUUACUUUUUUAUACUUGUGUUUGUAUAUUUAUGGACACCGAGCUUUUCGAAUUUAAUUUUGGAAACCACCUAUUUUUAUAUUAUUUUUAGUUUCAAUCUAAUUUUGGCCUGGAUAAGUUGCAACCAGUCGGAAUUUAGAUAUUUUCUAGUUAUUUUUUGGUUGUGUAUUUUAGAUUAUUUUUACUGAAAGGUCUUCUCAAGUAUUAGCAUUCAUUGUGUCGAGUCUUAAUCUGUAUACAUGUCAAUGACAAACAAUUCUUAAUAGGCUAACGAUAAUAUUUGUCUAUUCGAUAAAUGUUUAUGUUUUGCAAAAUCUAAUUGCAAAACUAAAAUAAUAUACGAGUUGAUCUUUCUUAAUCUAAGUUACCAUUAUGUUACUUUUAGGAUAAGCUUGCGCAAGAGCAGGUUUUUAGAUUACGGAAAUAUCAUACAACUUCCGUUAUUGCCGCCAUUGCUGAAAUUAAUACGAUUCUUUGACUUCAUUGCUAACAUUACAAAUUAAGUCACUAAACAUGCUAUUUAACAUCGAACGUAUGAAUCCUCGAACGACCGAUCUCAAUAAAAGUUAAAACUAACCAUUGAUAUGAAAAAGAUCUCGAAUCAUGUGAAUUGUUUUUUGCAAAUAUUUUUUUAGUACAUUUUGAGGCUAUGUAUUUCAGUUUAAGUAAUUUAUAGGUUGGAUCCAAAUAUCGUAUGUAAAACAAUAUUUUGAAAAGGCUUAAUGUAUUCGACCUAAUUCUCGAUCCAUUUUAAAAUGUGAACUCCUACGUGGUAUGAACCACGAACGAUAAAUUAUUGUUAUGCAUGUCUUAUCUAUUUUAAAUGUAUUGUUAUAUAAACAGUUUCAUCUUAAAUUUAACAAGUUUUUACAAAGGCCGAUAAAUUACGCCGGUACUAUCUCUUACUAAAAGUUGUUUUGUGUUAUUUUAAAAGGAGUCGUAGUAAUAAUUAUCACACUAAAUAUAUUCAGAAGUGUUAUUAAAAUGUAUUCGAUAUUAAAUGAUAAAUAAAAACAACAAAUAUUGUCAACCAAGUAUGGAUUCUGCAAUAUGAAUUAUGUAAUAUUUGACGAGUCCUACUUGCUUGGUUUUAAAUGUAUCACCCACAUAUAACAAUUCAAUCUGAUGAGAAUAUUCUACUUAAGUAUUUUUAUGUCUCUUAAAAGAAACAGUUCUAUGAUCCAUGAUGAUGGGAUUUCGUUUUUCUGUAUAAGAUAUACAUACUGGUGUUGUAAGUUAUUGUUAACAUUAUAAACGUUUCGCAUUUAAAUGAAUGCUUUGGCGUGCUUCAAAUCCCUUGAUGACGUGAUACCACUAUACCUGAAUAAAUAAAUAAAUGUUGU